GUGUAUUUUAAGAACCUUGAACGAUUGAUUGUGUGACCACAGAAAAAGACCUUCAAAAACAACAUGGCUGCGCACGCAGGAAUGUGCUCACGACUUGGAAGUUAAAGCGUUUAUAACGAGUGAUUUCAGAUUAUUUUAUUAGGUUUCCAGAAAGAAUGUCUACCCCAGCGAAAGGAGCAACGAAGAAAGAAAAAAAGAAGCCUAUACCAGUGAAAACUUCACUGAAUAGCCCGUACAGCAUUAACUGGAGUCCACUGGAAAGAGAACACAAACAUUUCAUUCUGAACACACUUAAAGUCAAAUUAUCUGCUGUAGGGCUUCAGAAACAACGUGUCAGUAGGUUUCGCGAGUGGGGAAGCAGAAGGAGGUCACGAAAAAAGUUAUCAAAACCCACUGAGGACCAAAAACUAGCUCCUGAACCGGAAGAGAGUGUACAGAGCCCUCCUAAGCCCACUGAGCCGCGCUGGACCAACCCAGCCGUGAGGAAACAGCUGGCCGUCGGCAUCAACGAGGUCACCAGAGGCCUGGAGAGGAAUGAACUGAGUUUGGUGCUCGUUUGUAACUCGGUCAGGCCAGCACACAUGACGUGCCAUUUAAUUCCUCUGAGUAAAACGAGGUCGGUGCCCGCCUGUCAGGUGCCCAGUCUGAGCGAGAGUGUGGCGGGGCUGCUGGGUCUCAAGUGCGUCCUGGCGCUGGGAUUCAAACGCGGAGCCGAGGUGUUCGAGGAUGUGGUCCGUGAGAUCACACCCUUGGUUCCGCCGCUCAAAGUGGCUUGGAUUCCGACGGAUUCAUCAGCGAAAGACAAGGAAAAGCUGUCCGACACUUUAAAGGGGCAGAAGAGAAAACUAGAAGAAAUGUCGGAUGAAGCAACUGACGCUUCGCCUUUAAUCCUCCAGCCUCUGAAAGUGAAGAAAAUCAUCCCGAAUCCCACGAAAAUCAAAAAACCCAAAAAGAAAGUAAAGCAAAAGUGCUUAUCAAGUGUUUAACCUGUGCUCGAUUAAUGCAGGUUACUAUAUAGUGCGUUAGGACGGAUGUGGAUUAGUAUAUUUAUAUUUUCUCAGGUUAAUGUGUUUGGCUUGAAGAGGAAAAAGACCGAGAUGAAUUAUGUUUUGUAUUUUGGAUGCUUUUAUUCAGUCAAAUAUCCAUGCUGGUAUACCUUGAUGUAUAUUUUUGACAAUCAGAUAUUUGGGUGGACUGUCAUGUUUGACAUGGUGCUGGUACUUUUCCCAUCAGUUCCAACCUGCAAUGGACUUCAAUAAAAAUACUGUCUUGAGAAA